AUGCAAUAGAAUAGUCAAAAAUAGUAAUAAAUCUAGAAGGAAUUAGAUGAUAUGAGAUAGAAAAAGCGACAGUGUAAAAUACUUUAAAAGAUAUUUUUAUAAAGCAAUUUCAGGAGUCUAAUAAUUAAUUAGUUCCUGAAGGACUUGUAAGUAAAAUAAAGAAUAUGUGAAAAAUAAAUGAGAGUGCUAAAUUGGAAUAUUUUCUAAAAUAUUUAGAUGAAACGUCUAAAUAAUAUCUACUUUUGGCUGCGCAAUUAGAAUUAGAUGUUGAAGAAACGAGAAUCUUAUCUUAGAAAUAUAAUUCACAAUAGACUUUAUUGCAUUCUAAUUUAGCAAAGCAAACUAACAUCAUAACGCUAAUAAAUGAUUGUAUCUUAAUUAAAGAACUAACCGAUAUUUGUCCAAGGUAUUGAUUCAUUGAAUCCCUCUUCAUUUGCUUCCGAAUGGAAUAAUGUGAUAAAGGAUUACAAUCAAAAAUUAGUGUAAUUGCAAUAGUAAUUGGAGAGUGCAACCAACGAGGAGUGUUUUCGGAUUUUGAAAUACUAUUAGAAUAAGAAAUUAUUAUCUGAUAUGUAAGAGUUAAAGAUGGUAUUGUAUGCUUUAUUUGGGUAAUCAUAAGGAGAUCAAUAGUGGAUUCACUUUAUAGUUGAUUGA